AUGCAAAGUUUCAAUAAUUUUGAAGAUGACGAUUUAAUGAAAGAUGAUAUUGAAAAUAUAAAUAAUAAUAAUAAUAAUAAUAAUAAUAUAAAAAUAAAACAAGAUAAUAUUGAAAAGUUUGAUAGUAACGAAAAUGUCAAUAACAAUGAUAUAAUCAAUAAUAAUAAUAAUAAAAAUAAAAAUAAUGGUUUAAUACAAUAUCAUGGUAAUAAUGAGAUAGGUUUUGGUAGCAGUGGUGGUGGAAGUAGUAAUAAUAUUUUUAAUCUCUCCAAUCGUAUUAUAAGCGAAAUAAUAUCUGAAUAUGAAAAUAUAAAAAAAUCAAAUCUAUUAUUGAUAGGGUUUCUAGCGAAACAGCCUGGUUCUACUAAAUAUUUAAUUGAACAUUAUCAUAAUAGUAUUUCAAAUUUAAAAAAAGAUAUUGGUGUCAAUAAUGAUAAUAAUAAUAAUAAUAAUAAUAAUAAUAAUAAUAAUAAUUGUAAUUGUACUUCAAGUAAAACUGAACCAUUAAAAAUGGUGGACUUAGAAUCAUUAGGUGAUAUUGAUAAUAAUAAUAACGAUGAAGAGAAAAAACUUUCACAACAAAAACAACAGCAAGAACAAGAAAAACCACAAGAACAAAAAGAAACGUCAUUUGUAGACUCAACUUCGUCUUUAAAUUUAACAACCACAACACUUUCUGCAAAUAGUUUAAUUGAUAGUAUUGGUAUUGGUAUGGGUAGCAUUGGCAAUAGCGGAGGUGGUGGUGGUGUUAGCAGUGUUGGUUUAGGUGGUUGCAGUAGUGGUGAUUUAUUGAAUUUAACUUCAAAUACCUUAUCAACAGCUUCGAGUAUAAAUGGUGGAAGUAAUAUUGGUAAUGGUAUUGGUAUUGGUAUUGGUGGUAAUGGUGGUGAAAUUGGUAGUGGGAAUAUUAGUACUAGAGCAAAUGGUGGUAGUAAUAUUAGUGGCGGUAGUGGUAGUGGUAGUGGUAGUGGUAGUGGUAGUGGUGGUAGUGAAAUAUUUAAUAAUAAUAGUAGUGGAAGUAUUGAAGGAUCAUCAACUCAAUCAGAAUAUAAUAAAAUCUUUAGAGAAUUACAAUUGGUUAAAGAGAAAGCGGAUCAAUUAAAUUCAAUGAAACAACAACAAACACUACUCGAUCAACUAUUCCCACUUGAAGAGUAUCAGCAAUUUCAAACUGAAUUCAAUCAAGUUUUAAAUUCAACAAAACAACAUCAACAAACUUUAAAUCAAUUAUAUUCUCAAUUUCUUCAAAAAUUAAAUUCAAUUGAAUUAUUCAUUUCAAUUUAUAAAGAAAAACAAAUUCAAAUUCUUGAACAAUCAAACCAAUUACAACAACAACAACAACAACAACAACAACAACAACAACAACAACAACAACAACAACAACAACAACAACAACAGAAUCAAUUAGAAAGAAAAGAUAAUAAUAUUAAUAAUAUUAGUAAUGAUAGUGUUGAUAGUGGGUAUGGUGAUGAAAUGAAUGAAAAUGAAACAAUCAUUGAUAUUGUAUCAUUAAUGAAGAAACAACAAUAUUAUCAACAACAAAUAUCAUCAUCAUCACAAGAAAAUCAACGACAACAACAAACAUCGUCAUCAUCACAAAAACAACAAGAAUUUCAAAAUAUUCAAAAUCAACAUCAACUACUACAAAAAGAACAAAUUGAAUCAAUGAAUAAAUUUUUAAAAGAGUUGAAAAAUAUAGGUAGUGAUGAAAUGAAUCAAAUGUUUUUAGAAAAGAUCAAUAGUUUUAAUUCAACUAAUGGAAGUUUUCAAAAUAUUUUAAAUACAUUCACUGAUCAAUUUCAUCAAUUCACUGAAUCACUUCAAACUUAUUCAAAAACUGAUAAAUAUCAAAAAUUAUUUCAAAGAUUCAUUCAAUUUGGUGAUAAUGACGAUGAAGAUAGUUUUAAUACAACUAAUAAUAAUAACAACAAUAAUACUGUAAAUACAACAACAACUACACAUACAACAACUCAUACAACUACAACCCAUACAACUACACAUACAACAUCUUUAAAUAGUCCAAUGAAUAUAUUGGAAAAUCAAAAUGAAUCACCUUCUCAAUCAAGAUAUACUCUAUUGGAGAUGAGAUUACAAAAAUUUUUAGAACAAAAACAUUCUGAUACUCAAAAUAAUGAAAAUAAUAAUAUUAGCAAUAAUAAUAAUAAUAAUAAUAAAAACAAUAAAAUACUUGAAGAUUUAAGAAAUGAGAAUGAAAAGUUAAAAGAAAAAAAUGAUAAACUAACUAAAAAACAACAAGAAGAUUUCAUAAUCAUUGAUCAGUUAACAACAACUUUAGAAUUUUUUAAUAAAGAUACUAAAAAUAAUAAUAAUAAUAAUAAUAAUAAUAAUAAUAAUAAUAAUAAUAAUAAUAAUAAUAAUAAUAAUAAUAAUAAUAAUAAUAAUAAUAAUAAUAAUAAUAAUAAUAAUAAUGAUAAUAAUAAUAACCCUUCAAAAGAUACUAUAAUGAAUGAAAAUAAUUCAUUAGAGAUAGAAUAUGAUGAUGAAAAUAUUGGUGAUGUACCAACUAAUAUUAAUUCAAUUGUAAAUAAAAUGGAUGAACAACAAACCACUGAAUUAAAAGAGGAAGAUGAGAAUGAAGAAAGACAAUCUUCAAUAUUAAAAAGUAAUGGAGUUGAUGAAAAUGAAGAAAAACAAUCAUCACAAGCUUUAAAAGAACGUAUUAAGGAUUUAGAAUUUGAGAAUUCAAAAUUAUUAUUAUUAGCCAAUUCUUUAAAGAAGGAUGGUGACGAAAUUAAUAGUAGUAAUAAUAAUAAUAAUAUUAAUAAUAAUAAUAAUAAUAUUAGUAAUAAUGAUAAUAAUGAUAAAUUAAAAGAUCAACUUGAAGAACAAUGUUUACAAUUAACAUCAAUAAAUAAAUCAUUCAAGGAUGAAUUAGAAACUCAUAGAGAGUUUAUUAUAAAUUUAAAAUCAUUAUUAUCAAAUUCAACCAAACUAAUGGAAACAAAUAUUCAACCAAAAUCACAAAAACCAUUACCACCAUCGUCUCCACAGUAUUCAUCACAAUUACAAUCCCAAUUCUUUUACCAUGAAGAUCAAAGUAUUUCACAAGAUGAUAAUAAAAAUUAUAAUAAUAAGGAUGAAUAUGCAGAUGAAGAUUAUGAAGAUGCAGAUCAAGACAAUGAUGAAAAAUCAUCAUCAUCAUUAUUUGUUAAUGAAAUAACUAGUCAAAAAACAUUAUAUACAAUUCAUAAUAAUUUAAUUGAUGAUAUUAAAAGAUCAAUUGAAUUCAUUAAAAAUCAAAAAAAUCAAUUAAAAGAAAAAGAAGAACAAUUUCAACAACAACAACAAAAAUUAUUAUUAUUAAAAAAUGAAAAAGAAGAAAAUAUAGAAAAACAAGAACAAGAAGAAGGAGAAGAAGAAAAAGAAAAAGAAGAAAAAGAAGAAAAAGAAGAAAAAGAAAUUAAAAAUGAAAAAGAAGAAAAAUUAAAUGAAUAUAUUGAAAAAUAUAAUAUUUUAUUUAGACUUUAUAAAGAGAUUAAAGAUAAAGAAGAAGAUUUUAUAAAUGAAAAUAAUUCAAUUAAUGAAGAGAUGAAACAAAUUCGUAAAAAGAUUGAAAGUUAUCAAAAUGAAUUAAUGGAAAGAUCGAAUGUAAUUAAUACUCAAGAGGAAUGUAUUAAUAAUUUAAAGGUUGAAGUAUUUCAUUUGAUUGAAGAUAUCGAUGAAAGAGAUAAAACCAAUACGAUACUAAAGAAUGAUUUAGAUAUGUUGGAGAAAAGAUAUGAUCAAUUGGCUGAUGAUUAUGAUAUAUUGACUGAACAUAGUAAAAAAGAGAAAGAGAAAUCAAUGAUAUCAUUCGAAGAGAAUAGAAAACAAUUGGAACAAAAACUAAAGGAUCAAUUUGAACUACAUUUGAAAGUAUCUAAUCAAUUAUCUACUCUACAAGAUGAAUGUCAAUCUUAUCAACAUCAAUGUCAACAAUUACAAUCAGAGGUUUCAAUUGAACAAGAAAAAGUUAGACAAUUAAAUUUCGUAAAGGAUCAAAUCAUUGAAUCAAAGAAAUUACUAUCGAAUGAACGUGAUAAUAUUUCAAGAUUACAAAAUGAAAAAGAUGAUCUUUUAGAUGAAUUAUCAAUUUCAAAAGAAAGAAUUCAAGAACAAGAUCAAGAAAUUGAUUUAUUAUUAAAAGAGAAAACCGAUGCUCAAAUUCAAUUGGUACCAUUAAAAAGUUCCCUCUCUUUAUUGGAAUCUUUAAAAUCCGAUUAUUCACAAUUGAAACAAUUAUUCAAUGAAAAAGUUGAAGUUUACGAACAAUUGAAUCAAAAGUAUAAUGAAAAGAAAUCACAAUUAAUUGGUUUACAAAAAUCAAAUGAUCAAUUGGAACAAAGAUUUAAAGAACUGGAUGAAAAAUUCGAAUCAAAGGAAACUGAAUUCAAUAAUUUACAAUUCAAUUUUAAGCAAUCUACUGAACAAUUGAAAAAGAAAGAGAAAUCAUUUGAAACAACAAAAUUGGAAUUAAUGGAAUUACUUAGAAUCAAUCAAGAAUAUAAACAACGUAUUGAAUCAUUGGAAAGUAAUCAAUCACAACAAACUUGUGCAAAUCGUGAUAGAGAAACUUUAUUAAAUCAAAAAGUUAUGGAAGCCAAAGAUUCUUUACUCUCAACAAUGAGAGAUUUAAAUGAUGAAAAGUUAAAGAGUAAUUCUGCCUCUGAGGAAUUGGAUAGAGCUCAACGUAAAAUUGAUACAAUCACUAAAGAUAAUGAAAAACUUCGUCAAAUGUUAGAAGUAUUAAAAGUUUAUAAAGAUACCUCUGAUAAUACCUCUACAAAAGAUGCUGAACUUAGAAAAACAAAAAAAGAAGUUGAGUAUUAUCUUUCAGUUAUUGAACAAAAAGUUAAAUUAAUUAAUGAAAAAGAUGAUUUAAUUAAAUUAUUACAAAAUCCAAAUAUAAAUACAAUUGAUUCUUUUUCUUCAAUAAAUAUUCAAAAUAAAUUAUCACAACAACAAUCACCAUCAUCAACAUCAUCAUCAUCACCAAAAGAAGAACAACAGCAACAACAAAAACAACAACAACAACAACAACAAACUAUAAAGAAAAGAUCAUUUGAUGAAAUAACUUUACCAACAUCAAUUAAACGUUCUAAAUCUGAUAAUCAAUCGUCAUCACCAUCUUCAACAACUACUGUAAAUAAUAAUAAUAAUAAUAAUAAUAAUAAUAAUAAUAAUAAUAAUAAUAAUAAUAAUAAUAAUAAUAAUAAUAAUAAUAAUAAUAAUAAUAAUAAUAAUAAAUCUGUAUCAAAUAACAAAGAAUUUUCUCCUCCAACUCCUUCAAUUCAACCAACCAUUUCAAAUAUUCCUUCAGGAACCAUUAGUACAUCAACAAAUAACAAUAAUAUAGAUAGUAGUAAUAAUAAUAAUAAUUCCAAUACAAGUAAAGAAUAUGUAAUUUGUUUAACUGGAUUUAAUGAUAAAGAUGAUAAACAAAGUAUAACUAGUGCGAUUGAAUUUUUAGGUGGAAAAAUUAAAAAUACAGAUUUCGACGCAUCAAUAACUCAUAUUGUAACAAACUCACCAGCACCAACAAUGAAAACUAUUAGCGCAGUUUUAACUCAAAAAUGGUUGAUUUCACCUUUAUGGAUUUUUGAAAGUAAAAAGAAAGGUUUUUUUUUACCUGAAGAAAACUAUGGUCAAAUAUUUCAUCAAAAACCAUUUCAUGGUAAAACUUUUUAUUUAACUGAAUCAUUUAUUAAUUCCCAAAAAGUAAAAGAAUCAAGUGUAUAUACUUUAAUUUGUUCUAUUGGAAGAGGUAAAAUUACCAAAGAUGAAUCAUUAGCAGAUUACGUUUUAAUUUCAAAUGAUUUUAAAACAAACAAAGAUCAAUCAAACUAUUUAACAUGGAGUCAAUUUUUAGCAAUGGUACCAACACCAUCUUUAAAAUUUUGA